GUUUUGGAGACUUCAGGUGAGGUUAUAGCCCAAGGAGAACUGGCCCCUUCUCUUGUUGUUGAAUGUAGCAUUCAACAUUUGGUAAAUGAUGCCGAGGUAGUAAAUGCAAAUGAAGAGCCUGCUGCUCUAGAAACCAUGCUUCCAAUGGAUGCAGAGAAUGUUAAUGCAAAUAAGUAUGAAGCUAUACUAAAUGAUGGAGCUAUUCAAGCUACUGUUCAUGUAGCAAAAAAGUAG